CAACAGUGCAGACAGAGGCCUGUAGAAGAAGGAAGAAGGAAGAAGAAGAAGAAGAAGAAGAAGAAGAAGCAGCAGCGAAGCAAGCAUAUCCUGAAGCGAAGGAGAACCCACUCAAUUUCGGUUUCAGUUUCAGUUUCAGUUUCGAGCGACGAUGGACGCGGACACGGCUCUGGAGCUCGUGAAGCGAGGCGCCACGCUGCUCCUCCUCGACGUUCCUCAGUACACUCUCGUCGGCAUCGACACCCAGAUGUUUUCUGUUGGGCCCGUUUUCAAGGGGCUGAAGAUGAUUCCUCCCGGUGUUCAUUUUGUCUACUACAGCUCUUCGAGCAGAGAUGGGAAAGAGUUCUCGCCAAUCAUAGGAUUUUUUGUUGAUGCUGGUCCGUCUGAGGUUAUCAUUCGAAGGUGGACUACUGAAGAAGAGCGACUAGUUAGCAUGUCUGAAGAAGAGGCAGAGAGGUAUUGUCAAGCUGUAAAAAGUAUGGAGUUCGAUAGACAACUUGGUCCUUAUGAUCUAAAUCGAUAUGGAGAUUGGAAGCGCUUAUCCAAUUACAUUACUAAGGACACUAUUCAAAGACUUGAACCCAUUGGAGGAGAUAUCACUGUUGCAUGUGAGUCAGAGAUCUUAAAGAACACUCCAAAAGCAGCAAUGGAGAAAGCUUUAGAUGAACAACUGAAAACAAGGAAGUUUUCAGCAAGUGUGGACAAGGCUCAGAGUAGGGGAUGCUAUUACACAUCUAUUCCCCAUUUUGUCAAGCGCCGAGGAAUUGAAGGCCAUGAACUUACUUCUUUAAAUCUUGACAAGACACAAUUGCUUGAAACCAUACUUGCAACAGAAUUUGGAGUCGAAGACCUACUUCUUGGGGAAUUUCAAUUUUCCUUUAUUGCAUUUCUGAUGGGGCAAUCACUGGAAGCAUUUUUGCAGUGGAAAGCGUUGGUUGGCCUUUUGCUUGGUUGCACUGAAGCUCCUUUCCAUACGAGGACUCAACUGUUCACAAAGUUUGUUAGGGUGAUCUACUAUCAGCUCAAGUAUGGACUUCAAAAGGACUCUGCAGACAAUAGGAGUACAGAGCAGGGAACCUCAGCGCUACUGGAUGAUUUGUGGUUUUCUACCAAUAGCUUUUUGCAUCGACUUUGCAAGGAUUUCUUUUCAUUGGUGCUAGUUGCCCCAGUUGUUGAUGGAGAACUUCUAUCUUGGACAAGGAAAUUCAAGGAACUACUUGAGAAUACUCUUGGAUGGGAGUUCCGGCAAAAUAGUGCUGUUGAUGGAUUGUAUUUCGAUGAAGAUGAUGAAUUUGCUCCAACCAUUGAAAUGAUCGACGACCAACAUCUGUAGUGUGGCUGUGACAGCGUGAACAUGUGCUUCAGUCUUCUGCUCUACUUCAUAAUGAAGCAUGGCGUUACAUCGAGGGGGAACUUGCAAUGAAUUGUCUCUCUAAUCAAGUUUACGUAUUGUUAUGCUCUCAAAACUUUACCAGUUCAAGAUCAGUCCUAUGCCCUGCAAAUAGAAGCAUGUGGUUAAACCCUGGUUCUCUUUUUCUUUUUGUAAAUCGCUGUGUGACAUCUUAGAAGCUCCCGAACAUAUUUUUUGGUGGAAGUCAUGUAUAUUUGCAUAAGACAGUUUGCCCUAGAUUUGAUGCACCAGUUGAAACAUAUGCUCCGACGUCAUACUGCAAGGAGUCCGAGACUGAGCCAAAUCAUGUGUUGAAGCUGCAGCAAUUUAAUGGUAAUACAGUCACAAUAUAGCCUUUGACGGCCCAAGAAGCAAAAGCACUGACGUUUUGUCAUGGAUUUGAUGAACAAUCCAUAUCAGGUUUAUUCAGCAAUGAAUUUUUCUAACUCACGCCUUCAUUCCCCGGGGUGAAUGUGAGCUAAGCAAAUUGCUUCAUA